UCAGAAACCCUCUCCUUCACUCACCCCAUCACUGAAGACUUCGAGAUUUUUUCGCUUCAGUUUUCCCCAACCGUUACCAAACCUCAUCUUUUCAUCCUAGGAAUCUGCGAUGGCGCCAAAGGCUGAGAAGAAGCCCGCCGAGAAGAAGCCAGCGGAGGAGAAGAAAACCGUGGCCGAGAAGUCCCCGGCGGAGAAGAAGCCCAAAGCCGGUAAGAAGCUCCCCAAAGAGGCCGGCGCAGCCACUGAUAAGAAGAAGAAGCGCACCAAGAAGAGCGUUGAGACCUACAAGAUCUACAUCUUCAAGGUCUUGAAACAGGUCCAUCCUGACAUCGGGAUCUCCAGCAAGGCCAUGGGGAUCAUGAACAGCUUCAUCAACGACAUCUUCGAGAAGCUUGCUCAGGAGGCAUCGCGGCUGGCGCGUUACAACAAGAAGCCGACGAUCACUUCUCGGGAGAUCCAGACGGCCGUCCGAUUGGUGCUUCCCGGCGAGUUGGCCAAGCACGCCGUUUCAGAGGGCACCAAGGCCGUAACGAAGUUCACCAGAAAAAAGAAGCCCGCCGAGAAGAAGCCAGCGGAGGAGAAGAAAACCGUGGCCGAGAAGGCUCCAGCGGAGAAGAAGCCCAAGGCCGGCAAGAAGCUGCCCAAGGAGGCCGGUGCUGCCGCCGGUGACAAGAAGAAGAAGCGCACGAAGAAGAGCGUUGAGACCUACAAGAUCUACAUCUUCAAGGUGCUGAAGCAGGUCCAUCCUGACAUCGGGAUCUCCAGCAAGGCCAUGGGGAUCAUGAACAGCUUCAUCAACGACAUCUUCGAGAAACUUGCCCAGGAGGCAUCGCGGCUGGCGCGCUACAACAAGAAGCCGACGAUCACUUCUCGGGAGAUCCAGACCGCAGUACGAUUGGUACUUCCCGGCGAGUUGGCCAAGCACGCUGUUUCGGAGGGAACCAAGGCCGUAACGAAGUUCACCAGUUCUUGAAGCAGCAGAUAGCUUCAAUUGAUUGGUUAUCAUGUCAGAAACUUAUUCCCAACUUGUCUAGGGUUAGGGUUAGGGUUAAGGAUUUUUCCUUUUCUUUUUUUCUCUUUUGGAUGUUCUUGUUUGUUAUUCGGAUGUGAAUUCGGGUCGGGUGGAUCCAUGUGUUUAGUGCAGAUAUGAAUACAAGCUCUUUUAACGCUUUUCAUA